GUAUUUUAAUUUUGUCUAAUUCCAAAGUUCGCUGCGUCUGCAUUUGUUUACAUCACUUUGUUUCAAUAACUUUGGGGAUUCCGAAAAGGAUGUCACUGAUGCAGGCGAAUCGAAGGCAGGCGGCACAGCUCCUGUUGCAACUGAACCGCCAGCUGAGAUCCCUCGCCGCAUUCUAUUCCUCGACAUCAUGUAAUGCACCGCCGGAUGUCCACCAGCUGAAUCCCGUCGAGCUUCUAGGACCUGAAUCCCUGCGGAGAUGCAUGGAGAAGAUGCGCAACCUGCCGGCCUUCCCGCGUCCCAAGUCCUUGACGCCCAGUCGCCGGGAGAAGCAGUCCUCUGCGGUCCUCAUCGCUCUCUGCCAGGAACGGGGAACGAACGAGAUUUCCCUGCUCUACACGCGACGAUCGCGCCACCUGCGCAGCCAUAGUCUCCAGAUAUCCUUUCCGGGUGGCAGACGGGACGAUCAGGACGCGAGCUACGUGGACUGCGCGCUCCGCGAAACGGAGGAGGAGAUCGGCCUGCCGCGCAGCCGCAUUCAAGUGUGGGGCGAGGCCAACCAGCUGGUCCUGCCGCGGACCUCCUCCAUUGUGCCAGUGGUGGGCGUGGUGCACGACUUUAGCAUCUCCGAGCUGCGCAUCAACUGGGAGGAGGUGGAGGAGGCGUUCAGCGUGCCACUGCAGGCACUGAUGGUGCCCCACGCCACCAGGCAUACGCAAUUCCGCAGCGGAUACAGCGGACCAGUGUUCGUGGUGGAUCGCCACCGCAUCUGGGGCAUCACCGGCUACCUGACGCACCUCUUCCUGCACUGCCUGUUGCCUCCCAGUUUGCUGCCCGACAACCUCAAGACGAACAUCAAGUUCAUUCGACCAUUUAAGUUGCCUCCAAAGCUGCCGCAUCACCGCGAGCACUCCGCCACGGAUCCCUCGAUGCGCACUUGAGGCGACGUCCUCGAACCAGACCCUAACAGCACUCAGGCUAGGCCCAAUUUUAUAUUAACUAAUAUUGGGACCAAUUAACUCAGACAAAGGCCUUUGAUUCGGUCCAACCGAACGAUGGACUACAAUUGAUUGUGUUCUUUUUUGUGUACAUGUUUACUGUGAACUGCGUAGCGAUAUUUGCUCAAGUUUGUAUUUAUACAAAUCUAGGUAAUAAAACUGUUGACCAUUAUGUUGAACUUAAA